AUGGCAGAAACAACUGGCUCAGAGGCAGCGUCCGCCGCAUUCACCACCACCACCAUCCCCGUCCCCACAUCCACCCAGCGCGACGUGCACAAUCCACUCCUCUUCGAGUGCGCAUGGGAGGUCGCAAACAAGGUCGGCGGCAUCUACACCGUCAUCAAGACAAAGAUCCCCGUCACCGUCCAAGAGUACGGCGACCGGUACACCCUCAUCGGCCCACUCAUGUACAAGACCGCCCCCAUGGAGGUCGAGGCCCAGGAGCCCCACGACCCCCACCUCGCCGCCACCCUCGACAGCAUGCGCGCCCAGGGCGUCAAGAUGCUCUACGGCCGCUGGCUCGUCGAGGGCGCCCCGCGCGUGCUGCUGUUCGACACCGGCUCGGUCCACUACAGACUCGACGAAUGGAAGGGCGAUCUCUGGAACCUCGCCGGUAUCCCAAGCCCACCGAACGAUAACGAGACCAACGAGACCAUCAUCCUCGGCUACCUCGUCGCCUGGUUCCUCGGAGAGUACGCCUCGCGCCAGCUCUCUACCGCCAUCAUCGCCCACUUCCACGAGUGGCAGGCCGGACUCGCCAUCCCCCUCUGCCGCAAGCGCCACAUCGACGUCACGACCGUCUUCACCACACACGCGACGCUCCUCGGCCGCUACCUCUGCGCCGGCUCUGUCGACUUCUACAACAACCUGCAGUACUUUGACGUCGACCACGAGGCGGGCAAGCGCGGCAUCUACCACCGCUACUGCAUCGAGCGCGCCGCCACCCAUUGCGCCGACGUCUUCACCACCGUCUCGCACAUCACCGCCUUCGAGUCCGAGCACCUCCUCAAGCGCAAACCCGACGGCGUGCUCCCCAACGGCCUCAACGUCGUCAAGUUCCAGGCGAUCCACGAGUUCCAGAACCUGCACGCGACGUCCAAGGCCAAGAUCAACGAGUUCGUCCGCGGUCAUUUCUAUGGGCACUAUGACUUUGACCUCGAGAAUACGCUCUAUAUGUUCACCGCAGGCCGGUACGAAUACCGCAACAAGGGUGUCGACAUGUUCAUCGAGUCCCUCGCCCGCCUCAACUACAAGCUGCAACGGUCCGGCUCGAAAACGACCGUCGUUGCGUUCAUCAUCAUGCCCGCGGCAACGCAGUCGUACACCAUCGAGGCGCUCAAGGGCCAGGCGGUCAUGAAGCAGCUCCGCGACACGGUGACCGAGAUCCAGAACCGGAUCGGCGCACGCCUCUUUGACCACGCCGCGCGCUUCCACGGCGAAAACAAGGACCACGUCGCGCCGACGGACCUGCUCUCGUCCGAGGACCAGAUCCUGCUGAAGCGGCGCAUCUUUGCGCUGAAGCGCAACUCACUCCCGCCCGUCGUGACGCACAACAUGGUGGACGACUCCAACGACCCGAUCCUGAACCAGGUACGGCGGGUGAAGCUGUUCAACCACUCGCACGACCGCGUCAAGGUCGUGUUCCACCCCGACUUUCUGAACUCGAACAACCCGAUCCUGGGGCUCGACUAUGAGGAGUUUGUGCGCGGGUGCCAUCUUGGCGUGUUCCCGUCGUACUAUGAGCCGUGGGGCUACACGCCUGCCGAGUGUACGGUGAUGGGCAUCCCGUCGGUGACAACGAACCUGUCCGGCUUUGGCUGCUUCAUGCAAGACCUGAUCGACCGCCCCGAAGACGAAGGAUGCUACAUCGUCGACCGCCGUGCGGCCUCGGUCGAACAAUCUGUCAACCAGCUGUCCGACCACAUGUUCACCUUCUGCAACAAGACGCGGCGGCAGCGGAUCAACCAGCGCAACCGGGUCGAGCGGCUCUCACCCUUGCUCGACUGGAAGAACCUGGGGAUCGAGUACUCCAAGGCGCGGCAGCUCGCGCUGCGGCGGGCGUACCCGGACGCGUUCUACGGCCCGGGCGGGGAGGCGCUGGACGAGGACGAGUUCGAGAUGCCCGGUUCCGGGCUGGACAGGGGCAACCUGAUGUCGAUGCCCGCGAGCCCGAAGCUGCGCGGGAUGGCGACGCCCGGGGACCUUGGGACGCUCACCGAGGAGAUGCAGAAACUGGAGACGAGCGAUUAUCGGGGUGGAUACAAUUGGCCCGGAUCCACAGCUGAUGACGAGGAAGACGGGUACCCUUUCCCGCUUGUGAUGAAGGUGCGGUCGCGGGCGAGCUCUGUGAUGUCUGGAGCGAGCACGCCGGGUGGAGGAGCGUUCAGGAGUCUGAGCGAGGGAGACCUGCAAAAGGCGGACGAGGCUCUGAGUCAAGUGAAUGGGGCAACGUCAUAA